GCCCGCGCAGAUUUUCAGGGGCCAUACCGCUGCUGCUGCUGGGAGCCAUCAAUUCAGAGAUAGGAAUUGAAUUCCUUUCGUGAUUUACUGCUGCGACAGCGCGCGCCGUUUGCCGCGAGAGGACAUGGCAUCUCUCACCGACAGCAUGGAUGCCUUGACGACGGCAGCGCCGCCAUUCGUGUGCGGUAUUACAAGAGAGAUGCCGGAGAAGCCAGUAGAGUUGAUAGACUGCGGCCAUUUGUUCGACCAGGACGCGCUGCGGCGCUGGCGCGCGGCCGGCAAAACGCGCUGCCCGGAAUGCAGCGGUGCGCUGAACUCGCGGCCGUCCUCCGUGGUCGCCAGUUCGCUGCGCGCGUACCGCGCGCGCUCCCGCCGCGAUGCCGCUGUUGAGCGGGACGACGUCGUCGUGGCGAAGGGCCGGCCGCUCGGGAGGGGCUCUCACGGGGUCGUGAAGAAGGCCACUUGGCGCAGUCAACCGGUCGCAGUGAAACAGGUGCCUCUAGAUGAUGAUGAAGCCGCGGUAGCCAUGCAGCGGGAACUCAAAGCGCUUCGAGCGCUACGGCAUCCCAAUGUAGUUGCGCUGCUAGGAGCACUCACGGACGACGACGAGGGCCUGCUCUGGGCUAUAUUAGAGUUCGCCCCCCACGGAUCGCUGCACCGCAUGCUGCACCGGUCGUCGGAGAGCGACAUGCGGGCGUGCUUCGGCGACGCCAAGGCGUUACCGGGGCUCGGCGACGCCUUUUGGGGCAUAGCUGUGGAUGUUUGCGCCGCGCUGGCGUUCCUGCACCGCCGCAGCGUCAUCCACGGCGACGUCAAGGCCGCGAACGUAUUGCUGGGCAACGGGGGCGUCGCCAAGAUCUCGGACUUUGGAUUAGCGCGAGUGGUCGGCACUGCGGGAUUUACUCGUACGUCGUCGUCGCACGGAGGAACUGCUGGUUAUAUGGCACCGGAGCUCGGAGAAGCGGGAGCUUUGGACCGCGACGGCGCAUCGGCUGACGUCUUCGCCGUGGCGGUUCUCCUCGCCGAAGUCCUCACGGGCGAUGAACCGUUCGCGGACGCAAGAAAUGACGUGGCGAUCGCGCUGCGCGUCCGCGACGGCGAGCGGCCGGCCCUGCCGAAGUCGACGCCGGCGCGGCUGCGCGAGGCGCUGAUGAGGUGCUGGGACUCGAAUUCGGCCGCGCGGCCCGACGCGAAGGAUUUACUACUGGACGUGCUGGACCUGCGCCUCGACAACGAGGCGUCGACGGUGCAAGACGACGGCAUCGAGGUCGUGAGGGUCACUACGACCACUGGCUGCAAGCAGCUGUCCUCCGUGCUCGCCGAGCAAGGGCUGAGGGACGUCAUACCCAUCGUGCGGGAAAACGAGGUCGACAUCGAGGCCGCAAGACUCAUGGACAACGACGACUGGCAGGAGAUCGGAUUGGACGAGCGGGCCGCGCGAAACGUGGUCGCGUCUCUCGGAACGGAUUCGAUCCGGCUGAAAGUGCAUGCCCAGGGCGAACUCGUCGAGCUGACAGUGACGACGUCCGAGACGGUCGACACGCUGCUCCAGCGGCUGGAGAGCGAGUACGGGUGCGACGUCGAGCGGCCGUGGUUGUUCCAUAAUUCCAGGGCGCUCCUGGACGGCCGGUCGCUGUUCGACCAGAGGAUACGAAAUGACGUGAGUCUGGAGCUCCGGCGCAGGCGAACGCCGCCCCUGGGUGUGCCAUUUACGCUCUUUGUCAAGUACCUAGGUACAGGUAGAACGCUCGAUCUCACGGUGGAGUCGUGCUUUACGCUGAAGGCGCUCAUUCACUUAGCGCUCGAAUCGAUGGACCCACCGCGACCGGUGGAGGACGACUGGCGAUUCCGCAUCAAAUACUUUGGACAGUAUUUGUUCGCCAGUGAGACGACCCUGGAGCGGGUCGACGUUGGCAAGGAGGACACCCUGUUUUUGGAGCCGCGAAUGGUUGGGGGGUCAUGAUUGUGGAUGUAUUAAGUAGCUUGUGUAUUA